UCUUUUACGCGUCCUGUACGGUACCUGUUUGUUUUUAGUCACUCAAGGCCGAUGGUGCUAUCACGUGAUAAGGGAAACCCAAGUCCAGUGAGUCACAAGAAUGUCACGGGUUGGCGAGUCAUCAGUAUUUACCUCAGAGUGACACGGAUGAGAGUGCAGGGCCAUCAAUAAGCCCCCUGAAGACAGUAAUUGAGGGGGUGAAAAUGGCGGGAAGGGACCAUGGGGAGUUACUUACGCGGUUCGAGGAAAUCUUCGGGUCGCAGAUUGACCAUGAAGUUAUCAAGAUGGUCCUGCAGAGCUGUGACUGGGACGCUGCCUCGGCCUCGGACAACCUUCUGAGCAUGGUUGACAGGAAUGAUUUGCCUCCACACGUCCUCUCCGCCCUCACUGCAGACUCCAUUAUGAGGGGUCUGGAUAGGAGGCAACCCGCAUCUCCAGUGCCUUCAGAGGAUCAUGGUUUGGGGUCCCAGGUGUCGAACUACCCCAGACACAUGACACAGGGGGACUCACAGGAUGAAAAUUUACCUCCCACGGACUCCCUUAUGAGUGACCUUGAUAGGAGCCAACUCACAUCUUCCUUGCUCUCUAAAAUUCUCACAUCCGGGCCCCAAGUCUCAAAUUACCCCAUGGAUAAGACACAAGGGGAGGGUAAUGGCCAUGGUAACCCUUGUGGAGAUGAGGCUAAUGCAGAUAACAGGAGCCUACCCUUGAGUACAAUAGAAAGUACAAGUGAGAAGCCUAUAAUCACUGUACCUUCCUCAGCCAGUGCCUUCCCUCAUGCCAGCCCUUCAAGACCUCAUAACGCUAGGUCAGAGGAGGAAGGAGGCGCGGGAAGCCCACUCCUCUCAUCCGCAAGCAAGAGUGACGAGAGUGUGUCCUCCUCCCCAUCCUUUUCGCCCCUCAAGUUCAAUAAGAGUGACGUAGGCGACACGCUGGAGGCUAGGGCGUCUCAGUGGGUCACCGCGCCCCAGUUUGCACCGAAUGCGUUUAACUUCAAGUCCUCGGAGAUGAGAAAUAAAAGGGGACUGUGGCCGCAGGGGAUGAGCAGCAGGCUAAUUGUUGCGCUCCCAUCCGCUAACGCGCCCCCUCCCAAGCAGGAAAUCAUGGAGGUCAAACUGAGUAAAAAGGAAAAGAUCAUUGACAAGAUAUUACAUGGCACGAAAAUGCUGAUUAUCAUGAGGGGUCUGCCCGGGUCGGGGAAAUCAACGCUGGCCAGAGAAAUGAAAGGUGCUAGAGGGGUUGUGCUCUCCACCGAUGACUUUUUCUGUGAUAAGCAUGGCAAGUAUAUAUAUGAGCCGGCAAAAAUCGGCGAGGCGCAUCAGUGGAACCAACACAGAGCAAGUCUACGGCUGAAGCAAGGUAAAUCGCCUAUCAUAAUUGACAACACAAAUCUGCAGGUAUGGGAAAUGAAGCCUUAUGUUAAGAUGGCCCUACAGUAUGGUUAUGAUGUAGAGCUGCUUGAUGCGGACACCCCGUGGAGGCUCAAUGCAAAAGAGCUCGGGAAAAGGAAUUCACAUGGAGUACCUACGAAGAAGAUUGAAGAGAUGAAGGAAAGGUAUGAAUUAAAUGUGGAAAUUGAAGACAUAGUGGCUGGUCUUCAGGGCCUUGGGUUAGUCCAGUCAAGUCCAUCAAGAAAUAGUGGAUCGAAAGCACGUGGAGUGAUUGCGUUAGAAAAUGACUUGAAGGGGACCAAGUUUAGCAAAUGUAGUCCAUCCAGAACCCCAAAGAAAUCGAUGAAUGCAAACCAAAAUGCUGAACCAACAGCACCUGAGGAUGACUUCAGUAUUUUAAAUCCCAGUCUAGAGGGAAAGUUUGAUUAUGAGUCUGACGAAGAUGUAGUUAUCGAGGGGUAUGAUGAAAUGGAACCCGAUGAAGCAGAAAUACAUGUUGAAACCACUGCUGAUGGACUCCAGGCUAUUGAAAUUAGUCCAAGCAUCACUGAAUCAGGCCAUGAGAAAAAGGAAGCUGCAUCGUGUGAAUCUGAAGAGCUUGACAAUAUGAAGAUGUCCGAGGAAGCAGAGAAUACACAUGUUGACGAGAAUAUUCCCUCUGACUCCCUCAUUGAUCUCACUCAUGCAUUAGUGACAUGUAGCACCAAGGAGCAGGAAAGAAAAGACCAAGAAAUACUGAAUGACACCAAGAAGACCAGGAGUGAAUCAGAUGUUAAAGGGGCUAAGUUAAUUAAUGGGACUGGUGCCUAUGAUGAAACAGAGAUACAGGAUUUACUGGAAGAAGCGAGCAAGAGUAUAGAUAUUAACCAGAGUGAGGCAGAGUGGGAUAACUUAACGUCACACAUUUCUGGCGAAGACGUUAGCGAUGAGAAGUUUGAGGAUUUAGUGACAAGCCUCGGAACUGUAUUGAGGAAACAGAUUGAGGGUAAAGGAUCCGUUUCUGAAGCUAAUGGUUGCAGCGUUGAGUCAGAGUCCGUCACUGAAGACUUUGCUAUGUAUGACUUGAUUCGCACCAUGGAGGACAAAACCGGCCAGUCCCUCUCGGCUCUUGUCACUAAGUUAGCUAAAAGUGACGGUGCAACAGAUAUGCCUUCAAUUGAGAACGCUGGAGGAGAGGAAGCAUGUGAGUUUGUCCCCUCCAACACUGAGGCGGAUACAGAAAACCUAACACAGAAUCUUUCCACCUUGAAGUUAAGUGAAAAUGGUCCAGAUAUUUCCAGUGCUGGCAGUGAAGGAAGCCAUAAACCACUGGAUAAUGAUCUAGAGCAUGUUACAAAAGAACCAUUACCCAAGGAGAAAUGUGAAGUGAAGGAAGAGCACAAAGUUAAAAAGGAUCUAGUUUCAAGCGGUGGAGAUACUGAAUGUCCAAUCCCUAAUGAAGUGAGUGGCCUUCCACAGAGCAAUACAAAUGUGCAAAUGGGUCAUGACAGCUUCGUCUCAUGGGAGUGUGUUGACAUAAAUUCAGGGUUGAGCUCAGACACCUGGGACUCAAAGACAGACAAUGCCAAUUCGGACAAAGACGCCCGCGGACCAAAGCCAUGUAGGAAUCAACGGAACAGGGCGCCAGGAGACCCUACAAAAUGGCUGAGUGAAUCUGAUGCACAGAGUGAGAGUGUUGAUGAAACCAUAGCUUCUUGGGUGCCGCUUGAAAGUGGCACUCCUCAGUGGGACUCCAGCGAGCCUGCCAGAAUCACACCUGAACCCUCACCCCCCCAGAGUGGAGGGGCCUCAGCCAAGUACUUGGAGGUUGAGGAGCCACAGUCUCACACUGGCGCCGUCUCCAAGUUCAGGAAACACAAAAGACGCAGCAACUCCACCUCACCAAACAGCAAGAAGUCUGGUAAAGGAGGUUCAGUGCCCAUUGUAACAGUGUCUAAAGAACAGUCUAAAACUACAUAUAAAGAAGUUGAAACACAAACACUGUCCAUUGACUUUGAAGCUUUACAGUUAGACCAUAAGCUGUAUGAAUUAAAGGUAGUGUUUGGAAGGCCUCACUAUGCCCCAGUGACCACAGUCAGCAGCAACUUCAGUGAUAAGGGGCCUUUGACCAAAGGUGGACUAAGACUUGAGAAAGGGACCAUGACAGAGAACAUGUAUGAAAGUUCAGUAUCUACUUUUCAAAACCUUGUUGCAUUCUUCCCAAAUAUUCCUAAGGAAGACCUCAGAGAUGUAUUUGAAAAAUGCAGAUAUGACACUAACUGGGCCAUGAAUGUUCUCUUGGACAGUGGCUAUGAAAUGUCUGCUGACCCCACUGAUGUCCCUGUCAACGAGACGGAGGUGGACAUUGAGACUGAGUCUGUGAGUGACAUGACCAACACAGAUGAAGGGAGGAAUGACGAGUCUUCAUGUGACACAAGUGAUGUGGCUUUUGAUAACUUUGCAGACGAAAGGACACGAAAGAUAAGGCAAAGCCAACAACCAGAUGAUUUAGCAAAAAAGUUGGAAAUAGAAAAAUCCUUUGCAUUUCCAUCUUCAGUUGAUGAUCGUGUCCUGAGAUUAACUGGCAAGCAGUAUAGUGAUCUCAACAUGACAAAAGUAAAGAAAACUAAAAAUAAAAAGCAGCAUGGAAAAGGAAAUAGUCUUCCUGUCAGUACCAAACCUGAAGAGAGUGUUGAGGAGGAGGGCGAGGGGGCACAGUAUGUAACUCUAGUGAUGGACCCGCUGUUUGCCUCCCAGCUCAACAUGAUGUUUGGACCAGUUGGGGAUUAUGAGAUCAGUGGUGAUUUGACAUUUGAGGAUCGCAGUGUUGUCCUUCCUCUUGAAAUUUGUGAAAUGAUACAUAAGUACUGGGCACGCACAGUCAAUGGAAGGUUCAAGCACGAAGCAGAAAUCUUAGACAGCUUGGUUCGUCAAGAUGAGAUUCUCGCACGAAAGCUACAAGAGGAGGAAAAUGCAGGUUUCAACAUAAGUGACAAAAGUGAUGAUGUGCCACAUGACAGCUCGCUGGAAGACCAACCAGUGCGCUUUCAAGAAAUUAUGGACCUUGAGCAAGCAUUACAGGAAAGCCUUAGUAAUAAGUCAUCACCAGAGGACACAUCCAUCUCAUCCAUUCUCAACCUCAAGCGUUUGUAUAAAGAGUAUCCUCAUGUAGACCCAGUUGCCUUGAAAGAAGAAUACAUCAGGAAUGGCUCCAAGUACCAUACAACUGUAAAGAAACUUACCCAGCGAUUCGGCAAGGAGCAAGGAACACCCAAGACAGUGAUAGCACCAGAGGCCUUGAGCAGAUACGAGCAAGAGAUGAUUGAAAGAGCUCAGCAGGACAGCCUGGUGGAUGACGAGGAGGAGCUGCCUUCCGAUCAGCAUGAAGAAAUAGUUCCUGAUGAUCCACAGGUGUUUCGAGAUGAAGCUCAAGCCCAUUAUCAUCAGCGGCAAGAAGCUUUCCAAAAGGCGCAGGAAGCCUCUCGUCGAGGAAUGAAGGCAGCAGCGUCAUACUACGCCCACAUCGGGAACCUUCACUCCGAAAAGCUGCGAGAAGCCAACCAGCGGGCGUCCCAGAAAAUAUUAGAGGCUAAAAAUGCUAACAGAAAAGAUGCAAAUUGCCUAGACCUUCACCUCUUGCAUGUUCCUGAAGCCUUGAGUGCAACGCAAGCAUUUCUUAACGAGAGACAAAGGGUUCUGGUUGCCAGGGGGAUAAGACAGAUGGAGGUGUCCUUAAUAACUGGCCGUGGUGUGCACAGUGCCGGGGGACAGGCAAUACUGAAGCCAGCCAUCAAAGAACACCUUCAGAAAAAUGGAUACUCAGUCUGUGAAGUAAAUAGUGGAAUGCUAAAGGUUAUCCUAAGAGCAAAACCAUCAUAGCUUAGGAACAACACUAAAAUAUUAAUAUAUACUUGUCAGAAUGAUUAAGUAUUAUGGUGACACGCACGUCUAAAAAUAACUUGGUUGAAACUCAGAACUCGUG